AUGGCGGCUGCAAGUAGCAGCAGCAUCGCUCUGGCUUCCAUCCGCAUCGACAGGCCACGCAGUGCGAUUCCGGCGAGAGUCUUGGUUCCAUUUCCUCGUCGCCAGGCAAGACUCCGGCUUUGCCUCAAUGUGAUCACGGCUGGCGUAAUCGCCAGCGAUCAAGCAGCCGAGAGGGAGGUCGUCUUGACUCCGGGAUUCACACAGAUGGGCGAGCCAGUUCCUGCCGGCAUGGUGUUGAACGAUGUUGUCAAGACGCUCCCAAAGGAGGUGUUCGAAGUGGAUGAUUUCAAGGCAUGGAAGACUGUGGCGAUCACGAUCUCGGCCCUGGCCACGGGAUACGCAGCCCUGACCGUAGCUCCGUGGUAUCUCUACCCUUUCAUCUACGCGUUCUUGGGGACCGCCGCCACUGGGCUCUUUGUCAUCGGUCACGACUGCGGCCAUAACUCCUUCUCCAAAUCUCAGCUCGUGAAUGACAUCGUCGGCAAUGCGGUCAUGACUCCACUCGUCUUCCCGUUCGAGCCGUGGAGAAUCAAGCACAACACUCACCACGCACACACCAACAAGCUGAUUAUGGACACGGCAUGGCAGCCAUUCCGGCCACACCAGUUUGACAAUGCGGACAGGAUUGGCCAGGCGAUGAUGCGUGCAACAAUGGGUCCUCUCUGGUGGAUGGCCUCCAUCGGACACUGGCUCUUCUGGCAUUUCGAUCUCAACAAGUUCCGCCCCCAGGAGCAUGCCAAAGUCAAGACGAGCAUUGCGGCUUGCUACGCUUUUGGGCUUUUGAUUUUGCUGCCCCUGUUGAUGACCCAAGGGCCCGUUGGUUUCGUCAAGUGGUGGCUGCUCCCAUGGCUGGGCUUCCACUUCUGGAUGAGCACUUUCACCCUUGUCCACCACACGGCUCCACACAUCCCAUUCAAGCAGAACCGCGAGUGGAACGCCGUGGGAGCCCAACUUGCUGGAACUGUUCACUGCGAAUACCCUGGAUGGAUUGAUUUCCUGUGUCACGACAUCAGUGUCCACAUUCCUCACCACCUUUCGACCAAGAUUCCAAGUUAUAACCUGCGAGCCGGGCACGCAUCGUUGCUCCAAAACUGGGACCGCCACCUCAAUAAGGCCGUGUUUGGGUUUCCGCUCAUGACCACCAUCCUAACGCAGUGCAAUCUCUUCGAUGCCGAGAAGAAGCAAUGGGUGGGAUUCGACAACCGGGCGGUCUGA